AUGGCUGGCAGAGGUCCGACUGUAGAUAGAAAUUUCCUUUGGAGCAUCUUUGCCAAGUAAGUAGAGUCUGUAGAUAUGAUUGCCCGAAAAAUUAUUUGAAAGUGCGCAACGAAAUACGUGCAUAAAAUCCGUGUACUAAUACACGGAUAUGAGCCUACCGUUUAUUCAGUCAUUUGGAAAGUGAAUUUCAGCAGAAUCUGUUUAGGAAGUCUAUUUCUGGGGCAUUCAGACAUAGAAAUGUCAGAACAAUGAGAACAGUAAAUCUGAUUGCUUGAAACUUCCUUGUUUUUUGAAUAAACUUAAUUAUAAGCUUAUUAGCUUUAGGUCAUCAUCUAUAAAUCAGAACUAAGGUUAUAUAUGGGACAGUAAUGCAUCAGUCAAUUCCAGCUUUUUCAAGGAAACGAAUAAAAAAGACUCUCCUGAGGCCCAGCCAGGGUAAAGUCUGACAAGCGACAUAACCCAAAAAAUAUCGACAACGCGUAGAAUGAAAUCGCGACAGUGACGGCAAAGCCGACAAUAAGCGACAAUAAACUCCGGCGCGAGACGUUUUAAAAUUCAGACGGGCGAAAUGGGCCCCCCCCCCCCCCCCCCCCCCCCCCCGAGGGAAAGUACAAAAAACGAAAAAACCCAAAAAAUAUACGAACCGGGUAAAAAUAAAUCCGGGCAGUGAGGGAACAGCCCAAAAUAAGCGACAAUAAACCCCGGCGGGGGACGUUUUAACAUUCGGACGGGUGAAAUGGGCCCCCCCCCCCCCCCCCCCCCUGGCAGGGCCUCUCUCCUGGGAGGUGUUUGUUCAUUGUUUCAAUGGAUUUUAGGCUGAAUUGCAUAAGUACUGUAACUCCUUUCAUACGACGAAGUCAAGGAUGGUCAUUGCAAUCUGGCAGGGUCCUGGACUAGUUGCAACAAAAAUGCCACUUUUUCGAUAUUCGAAUCUGCUGCAAUUUUUAUCAUCUCCAGACCAGGGAAGGAACCUCCCCUUCCUCUCUGCGAGAUCAGCUCGUAAAAUGCUUCAUCAUUUGCCCUUCAAAUUGAGCCCGUUGUGCCCAUCUGGCUUUCCUCCAGUGCCAGCUUUCAAAUGUCUUUGUGCCUACCAACUAAUUUGUAUUUGAAAUAAUUGAAAACCUCGCCAGGGUGACAAUUGACACUUGCAUGAUGGGUGUAAGGGUGCGGCGGUGGGGUUAGCAGCACUUGCAGUAACAGUUCAUUUCUGCCCUUGUGCCCAUCCUGUAAGUGUCAAUUGUCGUCCUGGCCUGUAAUGCAACUCCGAGCAUCCAGAAAAAGGUCACACCUCACCUAUGGCAUGUAAAUUACUUUUACACCCUUUGCGUGUAGCAUGAGUUUGGGUGCCUGUGAUGCAACAGUCUUCUAGGGUAUGCACAACAAAUUAACUUGCAAAUUGGUGGUUGGAUAUCCUGUGGCCUGGAACCAAACUGGUGGGGCUGUAUAGUAGGUUAAGAGUUGAGGAGAUUUUCAGGGUGGGAUGAUUAACUGUGCACAACUUAUGAAGUUGCAUACUUAUUACCAAAUUUGCCAGCAUUGCAAACCUGCAUUUUAAUGGUUUUUUUGCAGAAUCGACAAAGACAGGAAUGGGCGUAUAACUGCUGAUGAACUGCAACAGGCAUUAUCAAAUGGUAGAACGAAUGUCAGCAUUUCAGAUAAGCAUUAGUUCUAGGAAAUUGGAGAGGACACCCAGGGACCCUCUUGGAACUACGAUCAAUGAAAUUACUUUAAAAUUCCAAAAUUAAGCCCCAGGGCUUAUAUUUUUCAAAGGCCCUUUUUGAGGGGCUUAUGUUUGGAGGGGCUUAUAUUCGGAGGGAAAUUUGCGUUUCAAAAUUGAAUGGGCUAGCCUUUUAUUUGGAAGUAAAUUUACCAUUUUUGCUUUGUUUCACUUUGUAUUUGAGGGCAAUUUUCCAAGUACAAGCCCCCGGGGGCUUAUAUUUGGAGGGGCGAUGUAACCGAGGGUUUUUUGCAUUACCAGUCUGGGGGGCUUGUAUUUGGAGGGGCUUAUACACGUGGAGGGGCUUAUUUUCAGAAUUUUACAGUAUUUUAAAUUCUUAACCAACUCAGAGACAUGUCCACUUCAUAGAGAGGGACAGUAAAUGAUUACAAAUGGCAGGGACCAAUGAUUAACUGAUGUUCUUUUAAUGAUAAGAUAUCUCUCAGAUAGCCUGAGAAAACAGCCGACAUUUUUUGAUGCAACCAAUGGUUUUCACAUAAAAUGACGGCAGAAAUUUCAUACUGAUGAUGCAUCACUACCCAGAGCUAGGCAGUGCUUCUAAAUGGAUGAAGCAAAUUUCAACCAAUCAGAAGCAUUACCCAGAUCUGAGUCGUGACACAUCAUCAUUAUGGAAUUUCUGUGGUUGUUUCUCAAAAGUCAUUUCGCGGGGAAACCAGUGCUGGCUUCACAAAAUGAGGGCUGUUUUCUUAGACUGAGGUCCCAUUAAUUGCAUAUCAUUCUAAAUCUUCCAACAAAAGAGUGGACAAAGACAACUUCCAUUUUACUAACGGAAGUAAAGCUGAGUUGUUUUCUGGAACAACACAGUUCCCAGCCCUGCUCUUAGCGUCUCACCACCCAUGCAUGUCACUAUUCUAAGGAUUUCCUCGUUAAAGAGCUUGGAUCUAUAGAUAUCAUUCUGUUAAUUGCCAACGAGCAGCCUCACAAACAUGCAAUGCUGCGAGGCGGCAGCCUAAUAGAGCCGUGCAUGAUUGUUCCAGGGGCAGAAAAAAUCUUUGAAUCGAUGUAACAUAGAGUAAUGUAAGGCAACCAUGAUGUAAUGCAGAACAGAGAAUGCAUUGUUUUCGAGCAAACACGUGAUGCAGAUCAGAGAAUCCACGAGCUGUGUGUGUGUUUGUGAGUGCCGUGUUUAUCCGGUCUUCAACCAAUCGUCGGGUCGAUCAUUUCCAUCCUAGACAAUCUCUGUCACAUUUUUUUUGCGCGCUGGAAUUUUUUAUUGCAUGCCGCUAAGAAAAAAAAUAACCUAGCAAAUUUUUUGUGUCUUUGAAUCAAAAUAAUUUGGAAGGCUUCAUUGACGCACCAUAAAUUUUUUUUUAGCUUUAAACAGAAACCAAAUAUAAGUCUGAACGUUGAAUGUUCACGGACUUAAAUGAUUUUUCGAGGAUUUUAAGGUUGCUUAUAAGACCACUAAAUUUUACGCAAAAUGACUUUUGCGCAACUGUGGACAAAUACACGAACUUCAAUAUCCUGAAAAAUUUGCUGUGUAAAGUCGGAAUUUCAAAUUCUUUAUGCAGUAGAACAGUUUAGUUCAUUAUUUUCAAAAGACAAAUUAAAGCAAGGAGCACACGUACACCAAACCCAUGAUCUGCCUUACCCGCGCAUGUCGUGGGAGAACUGCCGUGCGGUUCCCUGCCAACAGCUCCCACAUGUAUUGUGUGGAGCUGGCACUGAAAGGACUCACCUCGGCAGGAAAGGGUCUUUUAUACAUGGGUUUUCCCUGGUAACUGACUGACGGCUAUGCCCUGCUGAUGAGCCCCAAACAGCUGGCAAAACAGGUGUCCAUGGCUGCCACUGCCCACGUGAUAUAGCUGUGCACAUGCGUGAGGUACUGGCUCGGCCAUGGGUUGGUGUAUGUGUGCCCCUUGCUUUAAGUUUGUACUAUUUUCAAUGCAAUCAAAUUAAGUUCACUCUAUUUUUCAUCAGUUACUGUAUUUCAUGACAUUUCUAAACAAAUUCAACAGUACACGGGUAUAGGUAAAAUCUUUGCUAGUUGGCACUUAGCGAUAGCUGUAACUAGUUUAGUCACUAAUCACCUUUUGGCUGGGGCAUCAGUUUUUAUUUUGAUAGUCCAUCAGUGGUAGCACCUGUAACAGGGAGAAUUAGCCACUAAACCGGUCUGAGAAAUUUCAUAUGCCAAUAAGUAGUGCUAGCUGCAGCCCAUAGAUUUCUAGGUGAUAGAAGUAAUUGUUGAUAUUAAUUUUGUCUUGACAGGAUCAUGGACACCUUUUAAUCCAGAGACUAUACGUCUCAUGAUUGGUAUGUUUUUUGGAACAUUUUUAUGCAACAAUCUCUAAUUGAUCUUUGUCGCAUCAAAAACUAAGAUAAACAAUUUUCUCUUUUCCAGGCAUGUUUGAUCGUGAUAACUCAGGCACAAUUGAGUUUAAUGAAUUCUAUGCCUUGUGGCAGUAUGUGACCGACUGGCAGAAAACAUUCAGGAGUUAUGAUACAGACAAUUCUGGAACAAUUGAUAGACAUGAACUGAAAACAGGUAUUGGUAUAAAAUUGAAAUUUUGUUAAUCAUUUGAUAGCUCUUUAAACAUGACCCCUACAGAAUUAAUAAUUUAAAUAAUUUUUUAUCUUGAAAUUUAAAAGUGGCCAUAUACCUCAACUUUCUAGAAGUCAGCUGUUUAGUUAGUUUAAACCAAAUAACAUUUUGUUGUGUAAUUCCAGAAAAUGUCCAUACCCCCCACACAAAGGAUAAGAAAUUCCAAGGGGAGGGGGUCUCAGCUUUGGCGGGGGGCGGGGCAGGGGGAGUUGAAGUAUCAUUGAGAAAGGGUAGUGGAAAAUCUAUCAUUUAAAGGGGCCUUUGUCUUGAUUAUAGUAACCCUUAUUAGUUCUAUUUUUUUCUGACAGUUAUCAGUAUUACCUGGUAAUAUAUUUAAUCCUCAGUUUUAAUUUCUCAUAUAUUUUUCUUUUUCUAAAACAUUUGUAGCCCUUACAAACUUUGGUAAGUUAUCCAGUGUUUUUUUCUUUUUUUAAAAAAAAAAUACAUUGUAAAUAUUUUUCUUGAAGUCUCUUGAAUUAUAGUAAGCACUUGACUCAUGUUAAGAAAUUAGCAGAAACCCAGUCAGCUUAGAAAACAUGUUAAUUCCAUGCAUCAAUUUAAGCCAGUUUAAAAUACUAGUAAAGCAUCACCUGAAGCAAAACUGGAACAUUGGAACUGCUUGACAAGAACUAUCCAAAUUAUUCAAAAUAAAUUUUGAUCCGUCUUGUUCCAAAAUUUGUCCUUCUGGCCUGGUUUUUAGAAUGUGCAAAUUCAUUUAUACUGCUGACAAUAACAUAGUUGGUUUGUUUAUGUCCCCCAAAUUUUUCUUCUUCUUUCUUGGCAAAGCCAACUUACAUGAAGGACAACAACAUAAAUGCCAAAACACACACUGGAGUGGAAACUAUGCUGAAAGGGCAGACAAUAAUAAGAGUUAAAGUUCCUACCUAAUAAGAAAAAAACCGUUUUUGACUUGCAGGUUACAGGCUAUCGGACAAAAUGUACACAAUGCUUAUUACGAAGUUUGAUAAAAGUGGUAUGGGUGCUAUCUUGUUUGAUGACUUUAUACAGUGCUGUGUUGUGCUACAGGUAUGAAAACAUGCUGUCAGCAGAGCUUCUUAUAAUAAUCUUAUACUUCUGGGCCAAGUUGUUCCAAGGCCGAUUAGAGCUUAACCUGGGGUUAAAUUUAACCCGGGUUUCUCUUUCUUGUGUUCGAAAGCAUUUUCUCGGAUAAUUUUCUCUGUUAUAUUUAGAGCUUUCAAUUUUUAACUUGUAGACAAAAAGAAUUAAAACUGAAAUGCUUUUUAAGCUUUCAAAUUUGAAUUCAAAUCUCUCACUAACCCUGGGUUAUCUUAACCCGGCUUUGAACAACUCGGCCCUGGUGUCAGUAAUGCCUAUUAAUUUUAUACAAUGUACAUGAUGGCAUGUGACCUGUUGUUAAACAGACAUCAUUGUGAUAUAAUCAUUAGAGGGUAAAGUGGCCAUGUAGAAAAGUGGACUUGUUGUCAUCUGGAGUCCUUGAAUUCAAGUCUCCGUCUGACCACCACAUCCUAGCUAGAUUUGUUUCUCAGUGCGCCCAUGUUCAACUUUUUGUCCUUGCUUGUAAUAGGCAAUAUUGAUUGGGAUACUAGCUUAACCUCGUUGUGUCAAAGUAUUUGUAGAAUUUAUUUGUUUCGGAUAUUUGCUCCACUCCACUAGCCUUUUAGUCUGCUACACAGCUGUUUUUAGUGUCGUCACGCAAUGCUCCUCGCCACUAACUGGUGGGAAGGAGCAUUGCGUGACGAAACUAAAAACAGCUGUGUAGCAGACUACUAGCCUUUCUCUUAUUAAACUACCAAGGGUAAAUUAAUAGUAAAGAUUAAUUUAUUUUGUAUUAUUGACUUAGUUUGUGUUUUGUUUGGUGUGGUGUCUUAACCUGUGGUAGCAUUCAGUUCUAAAGAUUUUGACAAAUUUGUACUUUUGAAACCACCAUGUUUAUUAUAGAUUCUGACGAAUUCCUUCAGAAGCCGUGAUUUUAAUAUGAAUGGCUGGAUAACGAUAGGCUAUGAAGAUUUUCUCUCUAUGGUGUUCAUGCUGAACCUUGGAACGUGACAUUUAUUUGAUUACAAGAUGCAACAAAUAAUGACACAAUUUGUAACAGUCGGGACGAUUUGCAACGACAAUUUUCAGCGCAACACAGCAUUGAAAUGUUGGAACACUGUUGUAAUUAUUGACAACAAUGUCGCAACAAAUUAUGUUGCAACGCUGUGUUGUGCUAAAAAUCGUCGUUGCGAAUCAUCUCAUGUAAUAUCACCGUAAGAUGGAACUGUGUAGAAUUUGGAUCAAUUUAUGAGUAGUUAGAAAUUAAGAGCAGUGAUUUUUUGACCUUUUAAAUACAAGAAGAAAGGUCAAAAUGGGAAAGAGAUUAAUAGAAGUGUUAGGUAAUAUUAAUAUUGUAGGAGAAGGCUAUAAGAGAAAGUUCAUGCAAGUAGAAAUGUAAUUAUUAUUAUAAAUUAUUGAAUAGAUGUAAUGUUCUUAAACUCAGUAUCGUGCUCUGUUAUAAUAAUUUUAAACAAGAGUUGCAAGGAAGUGUUUAAGAAAUCUUAAUAGGGCAAAAACAGGAAGUCUACUGAAAUCAUUCGAAAGCUCUCUGUUCAGCAUCAACAAAACUUGGAUCAGAUCAAUUCAUGUAACCUUAACAUUGUCAUUCAGUCACUUACAGGGUAACGAGUUGAUGUAGGUCUCUUAGUUCAUCAAACAAUCGUUAACAGAUUGGAAUGGUUAUUAAACCCUUCAGACUCCUUUGUCAUAUGUUUUUGUGAACCUGACGGUGCACAAUGUUCAAGAGCAUUCCUAGCAUUUUGAUCUUAUUGACCACUAACGGUGCAUUAAUUUAUUCCGUCACAAUUUGCCAAACAGAACACAAAGGAUUGUGCACCUUCAGGGAGCUUCCAACAUAAUUAAACUAUAGCACCGUUGUUUUUAUAUUUGAUGUUUGUUGUCUUUCAUAACCAGUCUCCUCUAAUAACUAUGAUCAAACUAAAGUGCUUAGAAAUUAUCAUGCACCAGGUUCAACAAAAUGUGAAGUAGGAAGCUAGUUUGAGUAGAGUA